GGUAAGACCCAAGUGGGAGGAGGGGAGAGGAGGUGUCAGAGUCCAGUCAUAAACUGAUCUGCUGAAUUACCAGGUAUAGAGCAGGUUCUCUCACAGAUCUCCUGCUUUUGUACCGGAACCCGUCUCACCUUUCCUCACCUGUUUCCCCUCACCUGCCAGCUGACAGGACUGAGGGAGCUACUGAGCAACAUGGAGUCUACAGGAGAAGAACAAGACAAAGAAACAUCAAAGAUAAUUCUGGGAGAUCAAAACAUUGAAACCACCCAUCAACAUACUGCAGAUGAAACCACUUCUAAUACAGCAACCACAACAGAAGACGAGGAAACUGGGGGCGACAGAGCUGCUAUGGCAGUCCCAGAUGGGGAUUCAGCAGGUGAGGAAGAAGAAGUGGAGGUGGUAGGAAGAGAAGAAACACCUGCUGUAGAUGAAGACGGAGGGCACACCAAGCAGGUGUCUGGAUUUCAAACAGCAGCAGAGGAGUCUGAGGAAUCACAGCAGAAGUCAUUAACAUCCAGCAGAGCCAGACCAGCUCCCCCCAGCAGUCUGCCUCUGACAGAGAAACGACAAAUGAAGAAGAAAGUGUUGGCAGCACCAGCUUUGAGUCUGUCAUUAGGUGGCAACGCAUCGAUAACGUCUGACGACCUACAGUCAGUCUUCCUCUCCCCCUCACCCGAGGAUUUAGAGGACACAGGACUCGAUUUUGAUUUGGACGCCAUUGAGACGCCGUCCGACAGCGAAUCCCUGCACUUCCCCAUCUAUGACCUGGAUCUUGAAGAUGACCUGCAGCGACUCGGUGUGGCCUCCUGUCACCACAAAGCGUCUGGGUCCAGCUCCAGGUCGGACUCUGGACCUGGUUCUUUACCAGGGCCUGACCAGUUUGGACUGGGAGCUUUGGAAAGAGAGGAUGUGGUGGACAGUGAAGGAACCAGGUGGCGUUGCUUCACAACAGGUGACCCUCCUCAAGAGUCGAAGGUCAACAUGAGCGUCCUAGAACCUUAUCUCAGGGUGCUGUCACACGGAGGUUACUAUGGAGACGUUCAGAAUGACAUCAUUGUGUUUUCCUCCUGUUACCUUCCUGAGAACAGUCUAGAAAACUACCAGUAUGUGAUGGACAACCUCUUCAGGUUUGUCACCGGGACCCUGGAGCUGAUGGUGGCAGACAACUAUGUGAUCAUUUAUCUUUGUGCUGGAGGUCAGAAGGAAAAACUCCCAGGAAUCGCCUGGCUUAAGGAGUGCUACACCACCAUUGACCGGAGGUUGAGGAAGAACCUGAAGGGACUCUAUGUGGUUCAUCCCACCUGGUACAUUAAAUUUAUCAUGACCAUCAUCAAACCCUUCAUCAGCUCUAAGUUCAGCAGAAAGCUUCAGUUUGUCAGCACGCUUCAGGAGCUUUCUCACUUCAUCCCUAUUGAGCAUGUGCAGAUCCCAGACUGUGUCAGACAGUACGACCAGAACCAGUCCAGGUGAAGGUCAAGAACAGCCUGAAUGGAUCAAAAAUAUUCCUCUCUGUCGUAUUUAUUUUAUCUCACCCUGCAGGAGGAGCUUCUGCAUCUCCAGGACACCUUCAGUGUGUGUUUCAGGAUGAGGAUUACACAAAUCUUACAGUUUUUAUCUUGUAAAUUCUGUUGAAAGAGGUGGCUUUGGUUCUUAAUAUAUCAAAUAACUCACUUUUUUUCUAUUCCAAAAGGGAAGAAGAGCAUAAUGCAAAUUAACAAUGAACACAAGCUACUGGAUUUUAAGAUUUUAUCAAAUAUUUAACUUAUUUUCUUGUCCGAAUUUCAACGGAAAAGUAAUUUCAGUUGUCAGUUCUUCUGGCCUGAAGCGCAGUAGAUUAAAAUUGUGAUAUUACUGCUGUAACAACUAUUUGUUAAACACACAACACAGUUGUAUAUUUGUCCUUGGAUGUUAUUAACUUUAUGUGAAUCAUCAUUUUGUAUUACUAACAGAGCUUUUACUAAAAUCCUUUUAGAUUUUGCACAUUUUUAGUCAUUUGCUCCAUAAUCUGGUGACGGUUUAUAAAACUUGAUAUGUCUGCACUUUCAGUGUUAUGAACACAAGUUUAUUCAUCAGACCCAUCGGAAUAUGCGGUUGCUUAUUUUUUCAGAUUAAUAAAAAUAAAAGUGGUUGAAUAUUU